CGUGGCACCCGCUGCUCAUGGCGCUGGCGUUCUCGCUGCUGCUCACCGAGGCGCUGCUCGUGUUCUCGCCCGAGAGCUCGCCGCUGCGCUCGCUGUCGCGCAAGGCCAAGGCGCGCGCGCACUGGGCGCUGCAGCUGCUGGCGCUGCUCUGCGCGCUGCUCGGCCUGGCCGCCGUGGCCUACAACAAGCACCUGCACGGCAAGGCGCACCUGGGCACGUGGCACGGGCGCACGGGGCUGCUGGCCGUGCUCUACGCGGCCGCGCAGAGCGCCGGCGGCCUCCUGCUGCUCUACCCGCAGCUGGCCAAGAGCUGGACGCUGGCCAAGCUCAAGCUGUACCACGCCACGGCCGGCCUCGUGGGCUACCUGCUGGGCUGCGCCAGCCUCAUGCUGGGCAUGUGCUCGCUGUGGUUCACGGCGGCCGUCACCGGCGCCGCCUGGUACCUCCUCAUGCUCUGCCCCGUGCUCACGAGCCUCGUGGUGAUGAGCCAGGUGAGCAACGCGUACCUGUACCGCAAGCGGAGCCAGCACUGACGGGGCCGCCGGCUCCGCUGGCCGCCGCGUCUCGGAUCGGAGCCUCGGAGCCACGCGAGGGGCUCGCGCCGCCCCCCACUCAGGAUUUCCUCCCCGUCGAGCCCGCCGCCUCGUGGUACCGAACCGGCUGGCGGGCUGCGGGGCCCCGGCUGGUCCGUGCACGAGCGGGAUGGCACCCGGAGCCGCGGGCCGAGUGGGAGCUCUCC